CAAAGUAGAGUGCAACGUGUAAAAUAGGGUUAGCCACAAACGAGGAGAAAACGCAAAAGGAAGACUAUCGUCGAGCGUCAUUUAUGUUUUGACGGACUGUUAUCUUUUUUUUGGUGUGGAAUUACUGCCUGCGUCCAUAUCAAUUUGGAAAGCCCUGAAAAAGUCCGAGGAAAUGGCACGUGCACACCUGAGAUACCUUUUGGCUUUGGCCUUGGUGCACGUUGUGUUAUGCUCCGGAGUGUUUGAGUUGAAAAUCAACUCAUUCCACACGGCGCAGCGAAUUUGCAGACGGCAUAGGGACUGCCACAUAUUUUUUCGAAUUUGCCUCAAGCAUCCGGAAGAUGUGAUCUCCGCAGAGCCUCCGUGCACGUUUGGGACCGGGCAAACCAAUGUCAUCAGGGCCGAUCACACGUCCAUCUCCAGUAGUGCCCCAAUCAGGGUGCCGUUCCACUUCAAAUGGCCGGGGACAUUUUCGUUGAUUAUUGAAGCAUGGAACGCAGAAUCCCCAACUGAAUACACAGAUAACCAAAACAAUCUAGUGAAUCGCCUGGCCACCAGGAGGAGACUGGCCAUCGGGGAGGACUGGUCCCAGGAUGUGCACUUUGGAGAGCAGAGCGAGCUGCGAUAUUCAUACCACGUCUUCUGUGACGAAUUCUACUUUGGAGACGGCUGCGCCGAGUAUUGCAGGCCACGGGACGACACGCUGGGUCACUACACCUGUGACGAGGAGGGCAACCGCAUCUGCUUGGCGGGAUGGAAAGGAAACUACUGCUCUGAACCCAUCUGCUCUGCGGACUGCAACGAGAGGCACGGCUACUGCGAGGCCCCAGGGGGCUGUAAAUGUCGCAUGGGUUGGCAGGGUCCCUCGUGCAGCGAUUGCGUGCGCUACCCGGGCUGCCUCCACGGCACCUGCAGCCAGCCUUGGCAGUGUAACUGUCAGGAGGGUUGGGGGGGCCUCUUUUGUGACCAGGAUCUUAACUACUGCACCAACCACAAGCCGUGCGCCCACGGCGCAACCUGCACCAACACGGGUCAAGGCAGCUACACUUGUACCUGCAGGCCUGGUUACGGGGGAACCAAUUGUGAGCUGGAAACGAAUGAGUGUGACAGCAACCCCUGCAAAAAUGGAGGCAGCUGCAAUGACCUUGAAAAUGACUACUCGUGCACCUGCCCGCAAGGAUUCUACGGCAAAAACUGUGAAAUCAUUGCAAUGACGUGUGCGGAUGGUCCCUGCUUCAAUGGCGGGACGUGUGUGGAGACCAUGACGGGGGGUUACACCUGCCGCUGCCCACCCAGUUACACCGGCUCCAACUGUGAAAAGAAGCUGGAUCGCUGCAGCAAUAGGCCCUGUUUAAACGGUGGCGAGUGUCUAGACCUGGGCCAGAGCGUUCUAUGCCGCUGUCAGGCGGGCUUCACCGGUGCCAACUGCCAAGUCAACACGGACGACUGUGCUUCGAACCCUUGCCAGAAUGCUGGGACCUGUCAAGAUGGUGUGAAUGACUACAUUUGCUCCUGCACCUUGGGCUACACUGGCAAGAACUGCAGCGUGCGCUCCGACGCAUGCGGCCAACGUCCUUGUCAGAACGGCGGCACUUGCUUCACUCACUUCACAGGGCCCGUAUGCCAGUGCCCGAAAGGAUUUAUGGGUCCCAGUUGCGAGUUCACGCUCCAGCCCAGUUUCAAGCCGGCUUUGCGUCAAAGCUCGCAGCCCUCUUCGGCCACGUUGACCAUCUCCUGCGUUCUUGCCGUCCUGGUGGUGGCUCUGGUGGCCGGUAUUAUCUUGCUGAGGAGGCGCAGGAGGCUGCAAGGAAGGAAGCAGCUCAGCGACACAGCAGUUUACAAUGACCUGGAGACGGUGAACAACCUGGGAGGAAGCGAGAGAGACUCCUUCCUCAGCCCAAAUGGUCUGUUCAAGAUCAGCAACAGCACAGCCCGCCUCAGCUUUGCCCCCUGUUCGGAAGGAAGGUCAGGGUACAGACACAACCCUGCGGAGAGCAGCCUGGCCAGGGAGGAAUUUAUGUGGAGGGAUGAGGCAGGCCUUGGUUCACUUGCUGGGCUAAGGUGAACGCAAGAAAAUGAAUAUUAAUUAGCACUUGUCGCUCCUCCGUCUUUGCGGACACGAGGAGCAAAAUUGACGAGUUGAAGAAAGCCGCUGUACUACAACAGACCAAACCAUGGACUACUCGAAUGAAGAUCAUUUACAAAGAUUAUUCCAAAAAAGUAUAUGGGGCAUACCUCUUUGACAUUUAAGACCCAAAGAAAAAACUUAUUAUGAUCCAUCUUUCGUAGGACCUACAACUCAAACCAAAUACAUCAAGUUACAGUACCCAACUGCUGGAAAAUUUGCCUCCAAUGUAUGACUUGGUUUCUGAUUGUCUUUUGUUGUUUUGUUUUUUCUUUUGCUUUUCAAUCUUCCUUUGCUCAUUCUUUCCUUAUUGUGCGCACCAUCAUUUUUCGAUACUUUAUUAUUUAUUUAUUUGGAAAAACAAUGUUUACGGCUUCACUUUGAUUGUCACAGAAAUAUAUUUAUAUGAUCCUGAAUGAAGACAAACAUUAUUAUUUUUUAUUAGUUUCAUGGGCGAUGGAAGAUAAAAUGUCCCAAAGUUAUUCAUGGCAGGGAUAGCGGGAGAAAGCGAUCAUCAGUUGACUGUUAACUGAUCACAUUGCCCUGUCAUGUGCCAUUGUUUGUGUUCAUGCCAAAGUGUGUGUGUGUGUGUUUUCAUUAUUAUUUAAGUUGAUCAUAAUGUGGAUUUGUUGUGAAAUAAAAACAUGUUUGAUGUAA